CUUGAGUGCAUGAGUAUGUCUUCACCACUACCUUCCUCAUUCGGCAGUCUCCGAUGGUGACGUAUCGAGAAAGCUUCGGCCGAGCGUCGACCAUCCGCUCCAUCAACCUUCUGCAUUGAGCAAAGCGGCACCACCUCGUCUCCGACUCCUCUUCUUAUCCGCCACGCUGACUGUAUCUUCUGCAACGCAACCUAGAUUAUCAUGAGGUAGGGUGGUCUCUUGUUCCUCCGAUUUUCUAUCGUGCCGUCCAUACAUCUCUCGUCUUGCCGACAACAUGUAUAUCUUCGCACUGCUCUUAGCACUCUCAAGUUCAGCCUGGGCAGCAACAUGCCGCCACAGCAACAGCACCAGCUUGCCCUCUCUCCUCGAAGUCGACCUGGAAGAGCUCAAUGCCGGCCUGCAAAGCGGCCUCUUCACGAGCGUCGAUCUCGUCAACGCCUACGUCGCGCGGAUCACAGAGGUCAACAGCACGCUGCACAUGGUGACGGAACUCAACCCCGACGCCCUCUCCAUCGCCGCCGAGGCGGAUGCGAUGCGCGCCAACGGCUCCGUCUUAGGCCCUCUCCACGGCAUCCCGGUCCUGAUUAAGAACAACAUCGCCACGGAUGAUCUGAUGAACAACACUGCCGGCUCGUGGUCGCUCGUCGGAGCGAAAGUGCCUCGCGACUCGACCAUGGCGGCGAAAUUGAGAAAGGCGGGCGCCGUCAUCCUGGGCAAGGCGAAUUUGAGCCAGUGGGCGAAUUAUCGCUCCGACAACACGAGUAAUGGCUGGUCUGCGUAUGGAGGGCAGACGAUGGGCGCCUACUACCCCGAUGCUGAUCCGAGUGGGAGUUCGUCUGGCUCGGCGGUAUCGAGUUCGAUUGGUUUGGCGUGGGCUACGUUGGGUACGGAGACGUCGGGGAGUAUUUUGAGCCCGGCGGAUGUGAAUAAUGUUGUUGGGAUUAAGCCUACGGUUGGGUUGACUUCUCGCUAUCUCGUCAUUCCCAUCAGCCAGCAUCAAGAUACCGUUGGACCGCUGGCCAGGACUGUCAAGGAUGCUGCGUACCUUCUCCAAGCGAUCGCUGGUUACGAUGCUCGGGACAACUACACCUCCGCCAUCCCUAACAACCACUCCAUCCCAGACUACGUCGCCGCCUGCGACUACAACGCCCUCGCCGGCAAACGCAUCGGCGUAGCGCGCAACGUCCUCGAAAUCUGGGCCAACUACACCGACCCCAACGUCGUCGCAGCCUUCAACGUCGCCGUGUCGCAAAUCGAAGCCGCAGGCGCCACCAUUGUCGAUGCAAACUUCACCGCCUUCGAAGCGUGGCAAAACAGCAACGACGAAACGCUGGUGCUGAACGCCGACUUCCUCGUCGACCUGGCGAACUACUUUUCCGAACUCACGUUCAACCCGCUGCAUAUCGAGGAUUUGGCCGAGGAGCAGAACUUCACGCACACCUUUCCCGCGGAGAUGUGGCCGGAGCGGGACACGUUGAUUUGGCAGGGCGCGCUGAAGCAAGGGUGGAACAAUACUUCGCCUAAGUUCUGGCCCGCGUACCAGCGGAACCUGUAUUUCGGCGGCGAGGGAGGCAUUCUAGGGGCCCUGGAGCGGACCAACACCGAUGCUGUGCUGCUGCCUACGCAGCUCAGUCCGUCCAUUCCGGCGUUGGUGGGGAGUCCGGUUGUGUCGGUGCCGAUGGGAUUUUACCCCGUCAACACGACGAUUAUGGUGAAUGGGUUUGGGAAUCUGCUGGAGAAGUUUCCCAAUCUGCCGUUUGGGUUGAGUUUUAUGGGGAGGAAGUGGAGUGAGGCGGACCUGAUUGGGUUUGCUUAUGCGUAUGAGCAACGCACGAUGCACCGAAACGACGUGCAGCCGUACAUUGUGCCGAAUAUCGAGCUCGACGACGUGUUGCCUACCCGGUGACUACAUGGUCGGCAGGACCUUGACGACGACCACGCUGUGUGCACCAAGGACUGGAUGGAGAGGUGUCAGAUGUAUGAUGGGUGGGCGGGGUUCAUGCGCGAUUUGGGCGCGGAGACGGGUGAGAACCCAUGGACUUCCAUUCGGCAUCGAGAAGGGGAGGUGGAUGUGGAUAAGACGUUGGAGAUGUAGGGAGGAGUGUUGAACUCGACGUCUAUGAGGAGGAUGUAUGACCUUUAUAAAAAGCCAUCUCUUUCCGUUAUAUCUUGAAUUAUAAAAGAGCAUACGGUGUUGUCAAAGAG